GGUCCCCCCUGCGCUCGCCGGAAGUGCGGCCAGCCGGAGCCGAGAGAGGCAAGGACCGGGAGCAACAUGGCGUCCCCCGCGCGGUGGAAUCACGUGUGGGUCGGCGCCGAGACCGGGAUCCUCAAAGGCGUGAACCUGCAGAAGAAACAGGCCACGAACUACACGGCGUCGGGGGCGCUGCGGCGGGAUGAGGGCGUCUGCGCCAUGUGCUGGGGGGACCCCCUCGAGUCGGAGAUCCUGGUGGGCUGUCUGGACCGGUCGGUGAAGCUGUUCAGCACCGAGAAGGGGAAGUUCACGGAGUCGCGGCUGUGCCCUGGCGGGGAGGGGCCCUUCCGUGGCCUGGCUGUGCAGGACGGCUCCCUCAUCACCUGCGUGGAGUCCGGGCUUCUCAAAGUCUGGCACGAGGACUCUUCUGAGGCUGCAGAGCUGCAGGUGGGGCCCGGCGUGUGCCGUAUGCGGCAGAACCCGGCACGGCCGCAGUGCGUGGGCACGGGCGGGAAGGAGAACGCUCUCAAGGUCUGGGACCUGCAGCAGCCCCAGGAGCCCAUCUUCCGUGCCAAGAACGUGCGGCACGACUGGUUGAACCUGAGGGUGCCCGUCUGGGACCGCGACCUCCAGUUCCUGCCUGGCUCUGAGAAGAUCAUCACCUGCACUGGGCACCACCAGGUGCGUGUCUAUGACCCCAGCUCCCCACAGCGGCGCCCUGUGCUGGAGGUGACAUAUGGAGAGCACCCGCUCACUGCCCUCUCCCUUGCCCCCGGGGCCAACUCGGUGGUGGUGGGCAGUGCCCGCGGGGACGUGGCCGUCAUUGAUCUGCGACAAGGGCGGCUACUCAAGUGCCUGAAGGGCUUCGCGGGGGCUGUGCGCGGGGUCCAGUGCCACCCGACCCGGCCCCUUGUCGCCUCCUGUGGCCUUGACCGCUUCUUACGCCUGCACGGCCUGGACGACAAACGCCUGCAGCACAAGGUUUACUUGAAGUCUCAGCUGAAUUGUCUGCUGCUGACCAGCCGAGAGGCUUGGGAGGACGAAGACCCCGACCCAGCCAAGGCGGAAGAGGUCAAGGAGGAAGAGGAUGAGCUCUGGGCCGCCAUGGAGACUGUGCGCACCCACCCUGCCCCCAAGCGGGCUGCGGACCCAGGCGCGGGGGCUGUGAAGAAGCAGAAGAGAGCCCGGGCGGGGCCCUGAGGGGGGGCCGCCCCUGUGGGGGAUGACGGACUGGGCUGGGGCAGGUGCCCCGUGCGGGGGGGUGGGGUGGGGUCUGCCCCGUGUAUUGGCUGCUGUGCAGCAGAGCGAGGUAAAGGUGCUGAACCUCU